AUGAGAUUAAAACUAAAGUCAACUAAUGGAGUAUCAACCAUAACUUUGGAUGAUCCCAAAAAAUUGUUCAAAGAUUUCCUUAUAGAUAUCCAACAAGAUACAAAACUACAUCAAGAUAUUUCUGAAAAUGUAUCAACAAUUAAAUUAGGAUUCCCACCCAAACCAAUUGAUUUGUCCUAUGGAUUAGAUACAACUUUGAAAGAUAAAGAUAUUAAAGAUGGUGAUCAAUUGUUAAUUGAAUUCACUUCAUUCAAAAGAAAAACCGAUUCCGAUCCACCAUUAUCUCCACAACCAUCAGAAAAGAAACCUAAUCUACGAGAUGAUAUUCCUUCAACAUUUAUUGAAUCACUUAAUAAAUAUUUAAUUCUUCGAAAUAUUCCUGAUGAUAAUUCUUGUUUAUUUAAUUCCAUUUCUUAUGCUAUUUCCGGGUAUGAUUCAUAUAAUAAUAUUUCCCCACCGGAAGAAUUAAGGAAAGUAGUAGUUAAUUAUAUUGAAAAGGAUCCCGAAUUAUAUUCGGAAUUGAUUUUAGGGAGACCUAGAGAAGAAUAUUGUCAAUGGAUUCAAAAGAAAGAUAGUUGGGGUGGUGCUAUAGAAUUGGGGAUAUUGGCUGAUUGGUUUAAUGUUAGAAUUGUAUGUAUAGAUAUUGAACUGGGGAAUUUCAUUCGAUUUGAAAAUGAAAAAGAUCAUCCCAAUAAAUUUAUUAUUUUGAUUUAUAGUGGGAUUCAUUAUGAUGUAUUGGCUAUUAAUGAUGAAUUGAGUAUGGAUAAUAAAGAUACCGAUAUUGCUCAAUGGUCAACUGAAGAUAUUCAUGAAGAAGAAGAUAUUUUAGCUGCUAGUCAAAAACUAUGUAAAUUGUUGCAAAGUAAAGAUUAUGCAACAAAUACAACUACAUUUAGAGUUAGAUGUCUAGAUUGUUAUCUGGUGUUGGUUGGAGAAAUGGGAGCUUCUAAACAUGCAGAAGAAACCGGACAUCUAAAUUUUGGUGAGGUUAAAGUUAAGAAAAGCUAG